GCUUUGGGGAGAAAAAGGAAAAAUAAAAUCUUUGGGGAAAAAAAAAGAAAAAAGAACUAAGUAGAAUAUCUAAAAAUGCAGAAUAUGAUCUUUUGUUCAGCAGGUAUUUGUCUAGUAGAUGUUAUGAGCCAGGCACUGAAUAAAAUAGAAAACAAAAAAAAAGCCCUGUGCCAGGGAGCUGACAUUUUAAUGCAUGGGAAACAGACCAACAAAUAUAAUAGGCCAGGUGAUAAUAAUUACCAUAAAGAAGAGUAAAGCAUUGUAAGGACAGGUUGACAGAAUAAUGAUUGAAGGUGCUAUGUUUUUGUUUUUGUUUUUUCCUUAACAGAUGCAUUAGGGACAGCCUUUCUGAGAUGAAGUAAGGGAGUGAGCCAUGUGGCUAUCAGAGGAGAACAAGGAGGCUAAACUGACUAGAGAGAUGGAUAGAAUGACAGAAGAUGCUCUUCGCCUGAAUCUGUUGAAGCGGAGCUUGGACCCAGCAGAUGAGCGAGAUGAUGUCCUCGCCAAGCGACUCAAAAUGGAGGGGCAUGAGGCCAUGGAACGUCUGAAAAUGUUGGCACUGCUCAAACGGAAGGAUUUGGCAAAUCUUGAGGUGUCGCAUGAGUUACCCACCAAACAGGAUGGCAGUGGUGUCAAGGGCUACGAAGAGAAACUCAAUGGGAAUCUCAGGCCUCAUGGAGACAACAGGACUGCUGGAAGACCAGGCAAAGAAAACAUCAAUGAUGAGCCUGUGGAUAUGAGUGCUAGGCGGAGUGAGCCAGACCGAGGAAGGCUAACUCCCUCCCCAGACAUCAUUGUUUUGUCUGAUAAUGAGGCUUCCAGUCCCCGUUCCAGCUCCCGAAUGGAAGAAAGACUCAAAGCAGCCAACCUAGAGAUGUUUAAGGGGAAAGGCAUUGAGGAACGGCAACAGCUCAUCAAGCAGCUGAGGGAUGAGCUGCGAUUGGAAGAAGCCCGACUGGUGCUGUUAAAGAAACUGAGACAGAGUCAGCUACAGAAAGAGAACGUGGUCCAGAAGACUCCAGUUGUACAAAAUGCCGCAUCUAUUGUUCAGCCAUCUCCUGCUCAUGUGGGACAGCAGGGCCUAUCCAAACUUCCCUCCCGGCCUGGGGCCCAAGGUGUUGAACCUCAAAAUUUGAGAACAUUACAGGGUCACAGUGUCAUCCGUUCAGCGACCAAUACCACCCUCCCACACAUGUUGAUGUCUCAACGUGUUAUUGCACCAAACCCAGCCCAGCUGCAGGGUCAGCGGGGCCCACCUAAGCCUGGCCUUGUACGCACCACAACACCCAAUAUGAAUCCCGCCAUCAAUUACCAACCGCAGUCAAGUUCCUCUGUUCCCUGUCAGCGCACAACAUCCUCUGCCAUCUAUAUGAACCUUGCCUCCCAUAUCCAGCCGGGGACCGUGAACAGAGUGUCCUCACCACUUCCUAGCCCCAGCGCCAUGACAGAUGCUGCCAAUUCGCAGGCUGCAGCCAAAUUGGCUCUUCGUAAACAACUGGAAAAGACACUCCUGGAGAUUCCACCUCCCAAACCUCCUGCUCCCUUGCUUCACUUCCUGCCUAGUGCAGCCAAUAGUGAGUUCAUCUACAUGGUAGGCUUGGAAGAAGUCGUACAGAGUGUCAUCGACAGCCAAGGCAAAAGCUGUGCCUCACUUCUGCGGGUCGAACCCUUUGUUUGUGCCCAGUGCCGCACAGAUUUCACCCCUCACUGGAAGCAAGAGAAGAAUGGUAAGAUUCUAUGUGAGCAGUGUAUGACCUCCAACCAGAAGAAGGCUCUAAAGGCUGAACACACCAACCGGCUGAAAAAUGCUUUUGUUAAAGCCCUACAGCAGGAACAGGAAAUUGAACAGCGAUUACAGCAGCAGGCAGCACUCUCCCCCACUACGGCUCCAGCUGUGUCCAGUGUCAGUAAACAAGAGACCAUAAUGAGACAUCAUACGCUUCGGCAGGCUCCACAGCCCCAAAGCAGCCUCCAGCGUGGCAUACCCACAUCUGCCCGUUCCAUGCUUUCCAACUUUGCACAGGCACCCCAGCUGUCUGUGCCAGGUGGCCUCCUUGGAAUGCCAGGUGUCAACAUUGCGUACUUGAACACUGGCAUCGGAGGACACAAAGCCCCCAGUUUGGCAGACCGACAGCGGGAAUACCUUUUAGACAUGAUCCCUCCCCGGUCUAUAUCGCAGUCCAUCAGUGGACAGAAAUAACGCCUAUUCCACUUGUACUGCCCCAACCUUGAAUCCUUUACCCCUCUCCUCUCCCGUUGCCCCCAACUUCCGUCGCAUGCAGUGCCUGUACUGGUGCCUACCAUACACGGAAAACAAAACAGAAAAACAGAAGACAAAAAAUAGAAAUCAACAAGAAAACACACGCCCUGCCCCGCCACCUCCCCUUUAUUUCACACUGCUGCGAUCUGUUCUUCUGCCGCUCUGUCUUCUCUCUUUGGUUUUCUUUAACAGUGAGGUGGAUCUUCGCCUCUGAGAGAGGUCAGAAUGAGGUCCUGGGGAGAAAUCUAAGCCCUCUGACGUGUGUUUCUAAAGUUUGUUUUUAUGCUAUAAUUAUUAUUAUCAUUUUUAAUGAUGUUGUGUGUCCUCCCUUUGUUCAGUGGACGGUUAAACCUUUUUAUUUUCCCCCAAUAUUUUUCUUUUUCUCUUUUCUUUUGUCUUUUUUUUUCUGUAAACAAAAAUGACAUUCAGUUAAAUGAUAAGGAGCAUUGCAGUAGGGUCCCCAACUGCCAAGUAGGACAUGACUGGGAGUGUUAGGGGCAGAAGUUUUUAAUGCACUUAACCCGGGGGCGGGGGCAGGUAGUUGCAUCAAACAAGGAGGAAUACCACACCAACUGUGGUGUCUCUGGGCUGGACAGUCGGGAGGCAGUGUUUAGAAUUGAAAUUGGGCUCUAAGAAUGAGUGGGGAGAGAGCCUGGAGGGAGAAGCUUUAAAACUUAACCACCCUGGAAUUGACCCGUAGAGAAGGGGGAGGAGGAGCAAGAUGAUGAGCGUAUUGCUGAGCCAAGGAGGACUGAGACCAGGUCCUGGCCUUCUGGAUGCUGGGGGAAUAAUAUUGGUCUCCUGACCCCAGUGCAGACGUGGAAGUCUAUUCCAGGCCAACUAGCCCCAAAUUAUUUUAUCUUUUUUAUUUUUUUGUAAAAUUCUCCCCUACUCCCACCUUUUUUUAAAAAAAAUCCUAAUCUGCCCCCAGUAACCACAGCCCUGUCUGUAAUAAAGAGGAAUGGCUGUUCCCAAUCUGCGAUUGCUGGGUGUCCUAGAGGUUGGAAUGGGCAUGAGUGAUUGAAAUGACAAAGGGAGGAAGUAGAUGACUGAAGACAGGCUUUCUGCCCGACUGCUGAGACUCACGUUUGUCUCUCCUUUUAUCCUCUGAGUGACAGGAGAUGAGGAUGAGGGCACUAAUCAGGUUGGACUCCUGGCCUGACCCUGCUGCACUAACUGCAGAACCAGUUGCUCAAAGCCAAACAGCUCGUGUCAAAACCAGCUUUGGACCUCUGCUAUAAAAGUAGUUGUCUCUUUCCCCCCAGAAGUCUAUUCAUUUUGCUUUUUUGUUUGUUUUUAUUUUUUCCUUAAGCGCUACUAAUGUAGAGAAUGAAUUGAAUUGUGCAAUGUUGCUGUUCUGGCGAUUGGGGAGAUGAACAUCCCAUUUGCCCACACCGUGGGGGAAGAGGGAGGGGACCAGGCUGUUUCUGAGGUAAGGGAAGCCCCUUAAAGGUAGGGGUUUCUGCUCUCUUCAUAGUAUACACCCACCUGCCUCUUCAGCUCUAGAAGCUGCCAGAGUUUGAGGAAGGGGUACUCUCAGCAGAGAGGUGUGAAGAGGAGUUGAACAUUUUGCCUGUGAAAGCCACCUGGGGAAGUUCCCCCACUUUUAUUUUUAAAAAUUAAAUAGUUUUUUUUAAAGUAAAAGGCACUUUUAAAAUUAACACACACACAAACUGCACAUCUUCCCCAUAAAGUUUGGGGAUGGGAUGGGAGAAGGAGCUGGAAUCAGGCUCAGUUCCCCCCACUCUGGCCUCAACUCCCCAUACCCCAGAGCCACUGUGGAUGAUUAUACUUGGCCCUACGGGCCUUCCUGGCUUUUUUUCUUUCCUCCCUUCCCCUAAAUUCAUUGAGCACUUAAUAAAGGAGCAGAGAUGCAGCCUGUGUCUGGGCUCCCCCAGUGGUGAAAUGAUCUGGAAGCUAGAUGCUAGUAACAGGUAGUGAUGGGGUCGUUUCAAGUAUUUUUCUGGGGAAUGUGGUACCCCUGACUGUAAGUGGUGGGAGAGGGAGGGGGGUUAAUGGAACUGGGUCUGGGAUUAUUUUAAAAUUAUAUAUAUAUAUAUAAAGAUAUAUUCUUACAUCUUUUCUUUGCCCUCUGUGCUUUGAAAGCACUGGAUAAAUCGUUUGGUUUUGCGUUUCUCUUCCACGAAAUUGGAAGCUGUUUUUUUUUUUUAGUAUUUUUCCUACAAGUCAUCUUGCCUUGUGGCAUGUCUGUCUAGCCUCUCCCCCGCCCAUAAUGAAGUGCCAUUUCUGUUAUGUCUCCCACCCCCAGCUCAGAGGUGCUCAGAGGUACGAGGUGCCCAAGUUUGUCAGUUGAGAUUAAAAGUGAGGAAGAGAGAAUGUGCAAUACCUUCUGGCUGGGGGCCAUCCCUGCCCUGAGCUGAGUCCCUUCCCUGGGAGCCAGGCCACCUUUGAAUGGGUUUGGAAGUAAGAUGUGUAGAGAUGGGGAAUGAUGGGGAAGGAAAGCCUAUAGUCGAGUGCCUGCCAAGGUGCUGAGGCGAUGGGGGAGAGGGUAGAGUCUUCCCUGUUUUUAUUCCCUCAGGGUCGAUUGCAUAGAGGCUGCUCGUUGACUAGUAUAGCUCCAUGACCCUUUGCUCAAUCACUGAGGUUUGAUUUGUUACCCUCUCUUCUCCCAAAUUUUAUAUCCUUCCCAGGGAUUAGUGAUGGGGGUGAGGUUUCCCUAAUCAUGGUAAAGUGUUAGCCUUCCACCUCCUCCCUUCCCUCCCUCUCCCCUGUCCUUCUGUCUUCCUCAUUUCUGUGCUUUUUCAUCAUUGAUUGCCUUGUGUCCCUCCAAGUCUUUUGUUGCUAUCCAUCCCCAGGCAUUGGGCCCCAUAGACACUAAACCUUAUGCCCUAAAGAUAGGAGGAAAGACCCUCUGUUCAGAGUUUCUUUUACUCCUGGAGCUCUGAAGCUCAGGGUAGUACUAAAGUGAGGAUCCCAGUAGUUCUCCCUGGCUUCCUCCAUCUCCAGAGGCUCUAAAAGUAGUAGUUUAUGGACAGUGGCUUACUCCCCAGAAGCCUGAAAUGGGUGGAUGAGUGGUAAGGCUUGGGUAAAGCUGAGGGACAGAGGUCCUUAUUUGUUGGGGUUUUUUUUUUUUUUUUUGUCAUUUGACCACAGCAUCUGGACUUCCUCCAUCCUGGAAUAAGUAUUUUUUCCACAUUUUUGGAUGUAUGUAUGGUAGACAAUUUUUUUUUAAGACACAGAGAUUAAUGUUUUCCUGCUUUGGUUACCUUUCCUUUCCCCUUUAAAAGGAAUUAGCUAUAGAACUGCUUUGUAAAGAUGCUUCUUGAUAUUUUACUUUUGUUCCUUUUCCCCAACCACUCCCCUUUCUCCCCACUCCUCCAGAAGGCAUAACCCUUCUCUCCACACCCCCCACCCCCACCCCAGUCCUAGGCUCCCUUCCCCUCAACAAGACUUUCAUUAGCUUAUGAUAUUUGCUGCCGAGAUGUUAUAACAAGGACUCAUCGUGUAUAUAAGCUAUUUCUUGAUCCAUUUAAAAGGAAUUGUACAUUGUGUAGAAAAAAAAAAAAACCUGAAAAAGAGAAAAAAAAGCCCUAGCCAUGGAUAUUGUGAAACUGUGUUAUGUCAUUUUGUAAUGUGCCCGUUUGUGUAUGAUCCGUGCAAAAGGGUUUCUGGGGAAGGGGAGGGGGUAGGGAGGCAGGGCUGUGGAGGGUGGGUAGGAGAGUGGGCCGGGCCCAGCACACUGAGACUGGCAGCUGCUCUAACCCCAUCCCUCCUUAGAGAUGCCACCUCCCCCACCACCCACCCCUAAUUUGUGCCUUGCCUCCCCACCCUGGAGUAGUCCCUCCGGGUCACCAGCACUGCCUUGGCAGAGCCCACUCCCUACCCUAACCUGCCCACUCUCCCUACCCCCCAGCAUUAGGUUGAUACUGUGGGGAAGUGCUGGGGGCUGGGAGGUAGCCGAGGAAUGGGGCAGUUCCCGGGGGCAUUGAAACCAAGUAUUAUGAAUUGUAAUUGUAUUUGCACUGUUUUUUUUCUCUGAUUGCAUCAGCAUAUAUACAAUAUACCUAUAUAACAAAA